GUCCUGUGCCGAGUCCCGGCACUGCGGCUCCCAUCCCAGUGGAGCGUCAACCUCGACCGGCGACAGAUGUGCUCCUCGCGAUCGCUGCGCCCCUGGUACUUCUUAGUGUUUGUGUUAAGAGUGCGUUGCCGUUUCUCGUGAGCAAAACUAAUUAAUUUACAUCAAAAACGUUUCGUGAAACAAGUGAACAAGGAAGGAAGUGACAAUUUAAACUGUAACAGUGAGGGAGUGUUAUAAUGCAACAGUGUGAACAGAUUCAAAAUAAAUAAAAUGUUAGAAAGACGAUAAUAGAUCGAGACGAUGGGUAGGCCGUGUUAACAAAUAUGAUGAUCUCGCGACGUCUGUGGGUUGUGACUCAGCCAUGGCUCCUGUUGGCGACUAUGGUUCUGGCAGUGAUGGAGGUGGUGGCGCUAAGCGGGCCCAACGUGUGCAUGGUGAAACAGAAGUACAACAUUACGAAACGUAUCAUGUAUCGUGCGCCAAUGUCUGUAAGGACAUACGAGUGGUGUUUCUCUAUGCCCCCCCGCUGCUCCCGGUGGAACACCGAAAUGAGGGAUCUCACAAGGCUCGAGACUGAGGAACGGACUGCAGAAGUAGCGAUAUGCUGUCCAGGGUACAAGAUGAAAGAUGUGUCGUGUGUUCCUAUAUGUCCCAACGGGAAGACUGGCUCCGGUUGUUCAGAAGAUUGCCAACCAAACAGGUGGGGUCCGAAUUGUGUUAACGAAUGCCGUCACUGCUUUAACGGUGAAUGUUCACCAACCACUGGACAAUGCAUCUGCCAAGAAGGAUGGCAAGGUGAGAGUUGCGAGAACAUCAUAUCAACUAGUACAACUUCGACUACGCUAGUGAAAAACUUACUAACCACUUUAGAUGCCUCUAGUAACACUACUAGAAUUUUUAGCACAGCACCUACACAUGCUAAAAGUCUCAUAAAUAAUGAAAGUGUUACAACCAGUAGUUUGACGACGACAAUGAAGACAACCACACCCUCCCCUAUACUAUAUCAAGUUGAGGAUACAAAACAAUGGAAUGUAAAAUUGCCCACAAAAUUAGAAGAUUUUUUGUAUAUGUCACCAUCAGCAAUGACGACAGUGAAAUUUACUAAAAUUAAUAGAAAUGUAACUCCAAACCCUACGGAUACACAAAUUGAAUUAAAGAACAAUGAAACUCUAUAUUUAAACAACAGAAAUACAUUUCAGACCUCUACAAAAAAGACCGACGAGACUACAAAAAGUACUUAUACAACAAAAGGAACUACUACUACAUUAGCAGUAACGAAACCAUUUAUAUUAAAUUAUACUGAUAUGAUAAGAGUACAGACACCAAGUAAGACAAUUAUAGUGGGAGAAACAACACCGAAAAUUGUUGAAAUCACCAAAAGUAUGCUAUCUAAAACAACACAAAAAAUAGAAACUACACAAAAACCAGAGACAACAUUAAAGAUGUUUCCUGUAACUGUGAAGUUCAAACCAAAAGAAAUUUGGAUAAGACCAGCGCAAAAAGGUGAACCACCAGUAACAGAGAAAAAAAUAAACGAUAUAACUAACCCAAAAUAUAAAAACACGUCAAAAAAGGAUAUCACCCUAAACACGACUCCCAAAACCAUUAUUGUUUCAAUUAUUCCAACAUCAGUUUCAUAUGCAAGUUUCAGAAAAAUUGCAUUAUCAACAUCACCACAUAUGACCACGAAAAACCUCACUCUUAUGAAAAUAAACAAGUCCGAGGAAGAAUUUACUAAACCUAUGUCUGCACAAACAUCAACAGUAACUCCUAUCACCAAACCUAAAGUCAAUUUGACUUUGAGCAACGCACAAACUUUAACUCCAUCUGUAUUAAAUGUAACGAUGUCUUUAUCACAUAAUGUGUCUUCGACAACAAGAAAAGUUUCUGCGACUAAUUCUACUUCUAUGAAUAAUAAAACUAAUAGCAUGUCCAGCACGUCGAAUGUAGUUAAGCCAACGAUGAACCCUUCUAACCCUCUAACUUUAGUGACUAUCCCUGAGACUAAUAUUACUUCACAAUCUCAUAUUCGUAACAUAACAACGAAGAAAUUGACAACAGCAAGUACUGCACCAAACUAUUCAGAUAUAUUGAGAACUAUUGAUAGCAAACAUUUAGUCUCUGCAAAACCAAAUGACACAAACUUCAAUAAUGACAAUAAAAUAGAUAAAAAAGAACUUAUAAGCAAACUUUCAAAUAAAAAUUUAACUAACAAUAAAAUGAAUGUAACAAACGAAACUAAUACAGUAACAACUGAUAAACCCGAAGAAGAUGAAGAAAAAUUUCAUAUUUUGACAGAACCAGAGCACAUAACGGCUGUCAUGAGCGACAAAGAGACUGAGAGGUCGUCCGUGGAUCUAAUAUCGGUGAUAAGUAUAGCAGGUGGUGUGAUGAUGGCUGUGAUCACGGUAGCGGUCGUCAUCGUGAUGAUGGAGAGAUGCAGGAAGCCGAGAUAUGACGACAUCAGGAAGAUUAAUGAUAUCAGAAUGCAAGUGAUGAUAGAUAAUAAUGAUAUACCACCACCAUACGUCAGAAGCAUAUUUCAUACACCAUUGCCAGAUCCACCUUCCGAAAAAUGUCAUUAUCAACCAAUUUCAACUCUAGACCGUAAUCUGAAACAAUUCAUGAGACCGGUGGUAGUGCAAUCAAUUUCACCUAUUAUGCUGGAAAACUUCAGAGGUAUUCUGGAAUGUCAUUACGACCAUUUACCACGCAGGAAUCAUGAUUUCGAAACAAUUCAAACGCGUACCUCAGUAGCGCCAUCUAUUGAAACUAUGGAACAACAUCUACAAAGGGUGUCACUUACUGAGUCUGCUAUAGACGCUCUGAAGUGUGAAGCCAAACUCGAUGUUAUCGACUCGACUACAUCAGAACCGUUGUAUGCAGAAAUACCAUGCUGGAGACCACCUUCUGAACAUGCUAUUGAAAUCAUGAACACAAACGGGGAAGCUGUAACGGAAUUAUGACCACACAAGUGAGAAAGUUAUUACCUAAUAACGCAAGUUAUAAAUAGAUGGCGCUGUAGAUCUUUUUAAUAUUUAGUAUGAAUUUUUGUAGUGGUCUCGUUUUUUUUUUUUUUUGCCAAAGACUUUAAUUUAGGAUUAACAAUGUUUGUGUGUAUAUUUAAUAAUUUAGUAAUAAAUAAAUUGGUAUGUUUAAAAGUAA